ACAGAACUCUUGGGCCGGCCAGUCCGUGCUGAAUCAGACAGUUUAUCCCUUUUUCCAGACAAGAAGUCAUUGUACCAUCUACGGACAGUAUUAUAUCUUGGAGCAUACUGUCCAAAAUCACCUUUAACAAGUGAAUAUGUCUCUUGUAGUGUUUUCCUGUUUUCUACCAUACACUGUAUCAAGUUUCUUUGCUUCCACUUUAACAACUUGCUAGGAGAAUCAAUAUUUGACAUGAUUUUUUCUCAAAAUCCCCUUUUCACUUUUUCAUCUUUUCAUCCUGAAAAUCAUCUUUGUCAGCUGAAAAUUGUCACAAUUAAUAUUUCCUUGACUGUGAUGUCUUCAAGACAAUAGAAUUGGCAUCAAAACCUGUCAAUUUGC